CAACUCACCAGUGCUGCUUGCAACCGAAGCCCCUCUUUUCUCCAAAUGAAGAAGGGAAGAAACUAUAGAGGUGUUGGUGUUGGUGGGGUGGGGGGCUUUGGAGACAGAGCACAAAGACCGGAUUCAUGCUCAGUCACAUAUACUCUAGGAGGAAAAAAAAGAAUGAAAGAGGGGCACCCAUUUAAGUGUGGUGCAGCUGCACUAAUUCAUUGGGUGAAAAUGGGUAAAAAGGGAGUGACAGAGGUCAGAUAGUAAGAUCUUUUUUUCUUUUUACAUCCAUCUCAGUGGAUGGUGUCCCUCCAUCAUCACGGCUUUAGAAAAUAGUCUAUGUUUCAUGAAUCAAGCGAUAAAACCAAAUUUUGACCCCUUUCUUUCGGGCAGGAGUUCAAAAUUUGGCCAAACAACUGCUCAUCCUUGUUUUUCUCAGCCCCAAAUGUAAAACUAGAAAGAUGACGUCUUCCUGAGAAAUCACAGGUUUCAGAAACUAGCAGAAGAGUCACAUGAGAUGCUUGUUUUUUUAUAUUAUCGACAGUCUGGCUUUCAGUACUGGAAUUCCCCGAGCAGAAACUCUGACCUCUACUUUUUUUUUUUUUUUGCUCUAGCACAAACCCUGAGAGGAAAUGACAUUUACCAACUCCAGUAUUUAUCACAAAGCAUGAGAAAUCCUGUCGUGWUGGAUUCUUUCACUGAAAAAAACAAAACAAAAAAAAUAAAGGAACAUUCUACUCUUUAAGCUGGAUCUUCUGAGUCAAUCUGGGCUAAAAAAAUUCAGACCUUUCUGUUCAACUCUUCAUCAUUUGGAACAAAUGACGGCAUUCAGUUGAAGCCAAAUGCUCCCACUGACAUGAGAAUGAAUGCUUUCCGCCAAUUAUACAUCAGUUUUAUGCAAAAUGUGACCCGGCAUGUGAAUAUUUGACUGCUGUGCGUGCUUGCCUUAUCUGCAUCUCUCUCACGCUGUUUGCAUCUGUCUGUUUGUGCUCUCCCCCCAUUCUCCCCCUUCAUCUCUUGCCUCWUUUUUUCUGUCCAUCAUCAGAUUUCAGGAAUUUCCCCCCUUCAGAGAGAGCACUCAGGUUAAAGGCUGUUCCCACUUCCACCUGAUCAUAAUAAAAAUAAUAAUAAAGCAUCCCUGUGACUAUGUUAACCUGUCUCUCUGGCUCAGGUGCACCUGAGGCUGACUCUGACCCCGUCCUCAUGGAUCUCUGACCUCCCCGGUGAUCAUGAGACCUUGUCGUCCCAUCGUCUCCCCCAGGAGCCACAGGAAGCUCGGGCUCUUGUGACACGGCGGUCUGUGCGGCCACGGAGGGGCCCAUUACUGCAGUCACAUGGCAGUCCUUCUCACAAGGCGCUCUUUAAGCUGUGCUGUCGCCACACAGAGCAGCCAUUCAUCGGCUCGGCAGCCAGGACACACACUCCCCAUGCUGCUCCACCACCGGACAUCUAGCUGCUGUUUAAAAAGAAUCGGACCUUUUUACUCACCAGUAUGAAUAUUCAGCAGAAGAGUCAACACUAAUGAUUGGAGGCUUUUAUUUUGACACUUUUUAUUAAAGCUACAUUAGGUUUUUUUUUCUCUCUACAUAGAAUUUUAAAGUUUUUUUUUUUAUAUAGAUUUGUUUGUGUUAUUAUAAUUGGCCCAAAAAGUUUGAAUAAAACAUGUCCGGUGAGGAGCACAGCCUGUCCGAGUCCGAGCUGAGUCCUGUGGGGUCGGACGACGGUCACUCCCUGUCACCGAGCCGACCCGGAGCUCCACCCGGGCCGGACUCGCCCCUGGGCGGCCCGCCACAGCAGCUGACCGCGCUCUGCGUGGCGGAUCCGAACGGGGAUGACGGAAGCCGAGGCAGGGCCAAAUCCGAGGAGGAGGACGACCGCUUCCCCAUUGGCAUCCGGGAGGCGGUGAGUCAGGUGCUGGACGGGUACGACUGGACUCUGGUGCCCAUGCCGGUGCGCGUGAACAACGGGAACAAGAGCAAGCCGCACGUGAAGAGGCCCAUGAACGCCUUCAUGGUGUGGGCGCAAGCCGCGAGGAGGAAGCUGGCCGACCAGUACCCCCACCUGCACAACGCAGAGCUCAGCAAGACCCUGGGCAAACUCUGGAGGCUGCUGAACGAGAGUGACAAGAGGCCAUUCAUCGAGGAGGCAGAGAGGCUGAGGAAACAGCACAAGAAGGACUACCCUGACUACAAGUACCAGCCCCGGAGACGCAAGAACGGCAAGCUGACGCCUGCCAGUGAGUCCGACAGCCAGGGGGAAGGGGAGUCCAGCCACUCCCAGUCUCAUUAUAAGACCCUUCACCUGGAUCAUAACGGUGGGACCGGGUCACCCCUGGGUGACCUGCACCACCACCAUCAUCAUCACCAUCCUGCUGGUCAGGGUCACAGCCCACCCACACCCCCCACCACCCCAAAGACCGAACUCCAGUCUGGGAAGCUGUCAGAUGCCAAAAGGGAGGGGGGAGCAGGAGCGGCUGGAGGAUCAGCGGGGUCCAGAGGCCCCCUCGGAGUGGGGGCUGAAGGAGCGUCUGGUGGCCCCUCAUCGUCCGGCACUAAACCCCACAUCGACUUCGGCACCAUGGACAUCGGCGAGAUCAGCCACGAGGUCAUGUCCAACAUCGAGCCGUUUGACGUCAACGAGUUCGAUCAGUACCUCCCGCCGAACGGGCACCCCCAGGGCGGAGCUGGGGCCCCCUCGGCCAGCUCCUCGGCCUCCUCUUAUGCUUACGCCCUGGCCGCCGCCAGCGGCCACUCGGCCUGGCUCUCCAAGCAGCAGCAGCAGCCCCAGGCCUCCCCGUCGUCCUCCGAUCCCUCCAAAGCUCCGAUCAAAAGCGAGUCGGYGUCCGGCGGCCACUACGCCGAGGCCUCGUCCUCCCCUUCCUCAGGCACCCACGUCUACACGUCGCUCAGCCUCCCCCACUACGGCGCUGCUUUCCCCUCUCUGGCCUCCAGGGCUCAGUUCGAAUACGGAGACCACCAGGCCCCAGGGGCGUACUACGCCCACUCCAGCCAAGCUCCGGGGCUGUAUUCAGCCUUCUCUUACAUGGGCCCUACACAGAGGCCACUGUACACGACCAUUGGAGACCCCUCCACCGUGGCGCCCUCUCACAGCCCCACACACUGGGAGCAGCCUGUUUACACCACUCUCACAAGACCUUGAGGCAGUGCAGCUGAGCAGAGGGAAAAUAUGGGAAGUGUGCGAGUGGAUCUCUGUAUCUGUAUGUGUGUGAGUGUGUUUGUGCCAUAUUAGAGUGUUUUUUUCUCUCUCUUUUUAGCCAAGAUGUGUUCAUGAAACCUUCACACAUUUACAACAGCCAGGGACUCGUACAGAAUGAAGUGUGAAUCAUGGGGCCAAUCAGAAACAUAAAACCUUAACAAAUGUGUGCCAUCCUAAAAGUUCGGACAAACAAUACGGUUCCAGAACAUUGAGUUAAAGAAGAAAAUAAGAGACGUUGGAGCAACGUAGUGACUCUGAUAGAGGCGACGGGUUUGGACUUGCAUGAUCUGAUUUUAUUAACCAAACUAAAGCAUUAUUUUAAUGUUUUUUGUGUUAUUUUAUACAAGUAGUCUUGUUUUAUCUUGAUAUAGGGUGUAACUUUAUUGUGUCUGAUUUGAAAUCACACUUGUGUCUGCACCACUGCUUUCUUUUUUCACUUCAAUGUUUUUUUUUUGUUUUGUUUUCUUGGGGUUURUUAAUCGUGGCCAGAAAAGGACAGGUGAAACUUCUUUUUUAAAAUCUUAUAUUACCUUCGCUCAUCUGAAUACACACGUAAGGGGAACAAAAACAACAGGAAAACGACAGGGAAUGARAGAUUUAUAAUUUAUUAGUGGUUGGCGAAUUACCUCAGUUUA